UUGUUUACAUCAUUUCUUGGUUUGUUUAAUUCGAUUUUUGGCAAAUAUUAUUGGUUUUGUUUGUUUUUUGCCAGACACCCAGGUAUAUCAUGUCGUUGGCCACUGCGUACUCGGCGCGCCAGCGGAUGCAGCGUCUGUUGAGGACAACAAUUUGCCACCUUAGCUCCUCAGCGACCGUUGCCUCCGAGCGAACCGAUGGCCAGCUGUUGACCGCUGACGAGUAUGCGGCCCUUCUAUCGCCGGAGCAGCAAAAGUGCUGCAUGGAAAAGAUGCGCAAUCUGCCGGCCUUUCCCCGACCAAAAUCCCUGACACCCACUAGGCGCGAAAAGCUAUCGGCCUCCGUGCUCAUUGCUCUUUGCCAGGAACGGGGCACGGACGAGAUUUCGCUGCUUUAUACGCGCCGCUCCCGACACUUGCGUAGUCACAGCUUUCAGAUCUCCUUUCCGGGCGGGAAACGGGACGAAAGCGAUGAGAGCUACGUGGACUGUGCCCUGCGCGAGACGGAAGAGGAAAUCGGUCUGCCUCGCGAUCGCAUCCAGGUGUGGGGGGAGGCAAAGCCCUUAUAUUUGCCUCGAACCUCGGCCAUUGUGCCUGUGGUCGGCUUUGUGGCCGACUUUCACAUCUCUGAGCUGCGUCUGAACUGGGAAGAGGUUGAGGAAGCAUUCAGCAUACCGCUCAACGCAUUGAUGGCACCCAAGGCGGCGCGGCACACGCAAUUCCGCAGCGGCUACAGCGGCCCCGUCUUCGUGGUCGAUCAGUACCGCAUCUGGGGCAUCACUGGCUACCUGACCCACGUCUUUCUGCACUGUCUGCUGCCCCCCAGCCAGCUGCCCGACACCCUCAAGACAAAUAUCAAAUUUGUGCGUCCCUUCAAAAUUCCCCCAAAACCAGGCCAUCAUCGUUCGGACCCAUCAAUGGCCAGCUAAUUGAGAACUCGGACUCUAGCCAAUUCCACUCAAUCUGAUUCGAGUUGGCCAAAGAGGUCUUGUCCUGUUUGUUGUUAUGUACAGACUAUUUUUGUUGUAAAAUUGAGUAAAAACGUUGUUGAUUUUUA